AGAGCUUAGCGUAAGCCUUUCCAAAACUCAACCUUAUAUUAAUUCAAUGCCACAACUCUACUUACGUAUGUUUUCACGUUAAGCGCAAUGGUAACUUGCUUUUCCAAUAACUUACACUUACAAAAUGGGCAAUUCUUUAACAAAUCGUACGAAAACUCCCAACGGAUCAACAUAUGCACCAUCGAUUUUGAACAAAAAUACGUGGAAACGUGAAAGAAAUCGCCAAGAAUAUGAAUUAAGAUCGAAAACUUUACCAGUACGUAGCAGUGCGCCUGCAGUAAAUUUAGAGCCAACAGCCAUAAAAUCAUUACCAAAAACAACAAAAACCGCAGCAACAUCCGCGACAGCAACAUCUGCACAAAACGCAGGCGAAACAUCGCGUGUAUUAUUUUUAUUGUAUUUAAUACAUCGUACAUGGAACGUUUUAACGGACAAUAAAAGCAAAAGCUCUCAUCACAGUCAAUCCAUGGCUAAAACAGUUAACGAUUCGGCAUAUUUUGAAUCGUCCGACUGUUCUUUGGCCGUAACAGAUCUGCAAAGUGGCGGUGGCGGUGGCGGUGGCGAUUCCAUAUCACAAUGCUGUUCGCAGUACUCAUUAUGCAGCUGCAGUUCGUGUUACAAUGAAUUGCAACAACAAAAUAUUUAUAGCUCUAUAGACGAAGAGUAUUCACAGGAUUCGAUAGGCGAAAAAGCGAAACAUUUUAAUAAAAGUGACUUAUCCUUAAUUUCCCAACGUUAUCAAAUGGCACCGAGUGUUUGUCAAAACUCACCAAAACUACCGCCACACAACGGUAACUGUAAUGGAGCGAUAUCAAGUGUCAGCAUUGUAAAUGGUGGUAGUGGCACCUUUUCAAUAACACAACAUAGCAAUUGUGGUGCAAGCAGUAUAAAUGGUUCGAUGGCAUCCUACAAGAUGUCCAGUUCAGAGAAUAGCUGGUCACAGAUAACAUUCAGUAAGGAAAAUCAACGACCACCUGUUUAUAAUCCCGAAGAUUAUGUGUUGUCUUUAAAAAAAUUCGGUAAACGUCAAAAUGGUGCAAACUCGCGUUCGAUAUAUGAUACAAAUGAUUUAAGUCCCAAUACCGGGGAAGCUCACAAAUCAACGACAUUACCACUCAAACAUUGCGAUUAUAAGAAUCCUAUUCUGUCGCCACCCGUUCAUGAGAACGAGAUGUCAUUACGCCAAUUUUCAUCUAUAACAGAUUUACUGACUAAAUUGAGAGCCGACUUAAGAGUAUCAUUUCCUAGCUUUGUGCAAGAAUUUGUGGCCACACCUUCCGAUGGCAUCAGUUUACUUUUGGAGGUCUUAAGAUCUAUACAGUUGUCACAGACUACUAAUGCUCCUAUGAAUGCGAUACCGAAUGCGAACACCAUGCCUCGUCACUCACAAAGUUAUCAAAGACGAGCUCUAUUGGAUGAAUUGGCCUGUUUACAAUGUAUAAGUAUUUGUUGUUCACGUUCUUUGGAGGCAACAGCCCGUUUAGGUAACACACCGGUGGGCUUAAUGCCUUUAGCGGCUUCAGCGACCGGCCAAGGGAUCAGGGCACGUAUUUUGGCUAUGCAACUGAUGGCAGCCGCUUGUGAUAAACAAGCUUUUGGUCAUGGCAAUCAGAAAUCAGCUCAGGCUGGUCAUACCGCCGUAUCCGAAGCUAUGUCUACUCUACGAUUGCGUUGCAGCGAACCGGUACGCUUUCGCUUAUUGAUGGGCAUGCUUAACAGCGGUGGCGGUUCAGGUGAACUACAAGCAAUGGGUAUAAGAUUUAUCAAUGCUUUUUUGGAGAGUUCAGAAAAUCUGCAGCAGCGUUUAUACUUACAGGCGGAACUCUUUCAAGCCGGCUUUGAUCCCCACAAUUUGUGCAAGACGAUUUCAUCUUCCUCCCCUUGGUUAGAUGCGUUACGCAAUGAAUUGAAACAUUUCAAUGAUAUUUAUGUUGAUAUAGACAAAAUGAUUGCUCAAGCUCGGGAGGCAGAACGUGUACGUAGUCAAAUGGUUAUAUUGGAAAGGAGAGUUCAAAUUUUACACGAAGAAAAGGCUGUCCUCACAUCCAUGGAACGUCGUUUGCAAGAACGAUGUGCCGAAUUGCAGAGGGAAAUUUUUCGCCUACAGGGCGCGCAAAAUGAAAACGGAUUUAAAUCUUUGGACAAACAAGAAGUAACCUUGCCACCUCAUAUACCACCUAGUAAGCAAGAAGCAUCCGAACAUGAAGAUGAAGGUAUUAGCAGCUCUGAUACUGGACCAUCUCUAAGUCCAGUACCCAUAUUGGUUUUACCUCAUCUAGAAAAUGAACCGGAGAAAAAUGCAAAUAAAUCAGUCUCGGCCGAUACUAUCGAGGCGGCAAUGAAGGAAUUAGAUAACGUGGUGAAUGAGGCGGAAAAACAGAUUUGCUCAAGUGAAACGAAGUUUACAUCAACGCUAUCAUGCAGCGAUACUAAAGAAAAAGAUAUUGUACCAGUAAACAUAGUGCCACAGCCGCCUCGAAAAUCUCGUUCGCUAGCUCAUCUCGUACCGCAUGAAGGUUCCGAACUGGAUGGAUCUGAAUACGGCAUGCUUCUAAUACAAAAGCAAGUCGAGCAAACACAAGAUGAAAGAGUAGCGGCUAUCAAAACAUUUUUCGAUGAGACGGAUUACGAGCUGCAAGAAAUGGAAAAAUCAUAUCAUCGUCCAUCUCUAGAGUCGCCAGAAAUGCCAGAAACAGAUUUGAAUCGUACGCAAGUCUUUGCACAUAGCAACACUCGAGAAUUGUUGGAUGUUAUAAUGAACGCCCGCCAUAGCGAAGAUGACCCCACCAUAAAAGCUUUACGUGAAAUUGCUGCUACUAGUGGCGAUAACAAUACUGAUAAAGAUCGUGAUUUAAAGAAUGGAGAGACGAAAUGUCAUAACUUUACCGAAGUCGUGUCUUCACAAACAAGAUUGGCUCAACAAUUUAAUGGCGUAUUUUUCAUGACCGGCAUGAACACGCCACAAAGAUAUCCCAAACCAGAUUUAACGGCUGCUCUUCAAGCUCGUCGUGUUACCAAGAAUGUCGAACGUUUAGAGGCAGCUUUCGCCAGUCACAAUGAAUCUUACAAUCUCGAAUGUCUAACCGUCGCUCACAAUAAUCAAUCUCGUAAGAGUUUGACACCAUCUCAGCGCGAAAAAUCACGCAGCAACCAACAAAUAUAUUUCGGUAGCAAUCCUACGUUACGUAUUGGCUCGUAUACCAGCAUUAAUCAUAAUAUUAAUAAUAGCCGACCAGACUUGCUCAAUCAAACGAAUAUUACCACACGAACAAGAUCAUAUACACAGGGAGCAAAAGUAACCGAUAUACCUUCGGGUUUAUAUUAAAAUAACUUUCCGCAGAUUUUUUGUGCAAUAAUCCAUUUCUCUAAAAUUUCAUAUAAAUUGUAACCGAAUUUUGUAGAUAAAUUAAAAAUUAGUUGUAAAUAAUCUUCGCUCACCGGAUGACCGUUAUCAGGCAAUUACAUAUGUCAAAUUGGACGAAUGGUAACGGGAAAGGUCUGGUGGAAACACAUUGGGAUAAAAUUCGUUAAGUUUAAUCAUAUUGAUUUAUUUACUUGAGUUCAACGUGAGAGCAAAUGCACGAAACGUUCAGUCAUAUUCCUCGGCUAGAGAAGCCCCCAAAGCUCGCUGAAGACAAAAUGAAGGCAUGAAUUUAUUCAAAGCGCAGAAAGAAAUUGAAGUACAUAAACAUGCAUCUUAAGUCCCUGAAGAGAUAGCUAUAUAUAUUUUUCUGUAAACUUGUAACAUUCAACUUAGCUCCCCCGCGAGAUUUAAAAGCAAUUUGUUAUUUUGUUUCAAGUUGACUCUGAUAGAAUUUUGGUCGGUAUUCUGGGCACGAAACGCCUCGAGAUACUGCUAAUUGUGAAAAGGCUUCAUUUCGUCCAUCGUCGAUCGUCCAUUUUGCAAGCCUUUGUAAUCCAAACCCAAUGUAAGCGAAUAGGUGGUACCGAUAUGGUAAAUAUCUCACUUUAUCUGAGUUUUCGGUAUUUUCAAACUGAAAUUGUCACUUCGCGAAAAAUUAAAGAAACAGAAAAUUCUUAAAGAUAUUGACGGCAACACUUUGAUCAAUCGACCCAUGAAAAACUUAUGAACUAAGGAAAUGAUUACAUUGUAAGACACGAGCUCCACUUUGAGGAUGAAAAAGUAUUAUUAAAUAAAUAAUUUUUAUUCUCUUAAAAGGGUUAAGCAAGUGAUCGCCACAAUUGGUAAUGAUAGAUUUCAAUCAAAACAAUUGCAUUAUAUCUUUCAAAACUUCCAUGGCCCAUAGUGAGAUUAACUGCACUUGAAGCAAUUGAGAAUCUACGAUUAGUAUGUCAAACAAUUUUAACCGGAUGUCGCAUUUCGGUCUUCCGGUGAUUAACGAAAAGAAUUUACAAAAUAUUUCAAUACAUUAAUAUACUUAAUUAUGCCACUAACGAAUUUCUUAAAUUAUUUUAUACUUAAAAAAAUUAAUAAUCGAAUUAAGUUUUUGUUACAAUUUUUAAAUGAUAUUAUUUAUGCUUAAAUGUUAAUAGCAAGUAGUAUUAAGUUAAAUAACCCGAAAAUGUUUUUAAUUUAAUUUAUCAAAGCGAACAUAUCCCUUAAUAAUUUCUUAAUGUCGGCUUUAUUUGAACAUUUUUUGUUUUUGUAUGAUUUGUAAUAUAUAUUAGAAUGGGAACUAUCGUGAAUCUUUUCCUCUUAACUUUUUUUGCAAUUUUUCUACCAGUCUCGCCACUUAUGGGCCAAUCAUCAGAUGAGGAAAUUGAUUAAAAUCUUGCGCAUCUUGCUUCUCCACAACCGAUGUAAUAGCAAAAACAACCGCAACUCGUACAUACGAUCUCAUUUCACUAACUCAAAAAAAUUUUUAAUUUUUUCGAAAAAUGUUGUAUGAACUUGCAAGGUUUCUCAACAUUUUCCUAAAACAUACACCUUGAAAUGCAGAAGAAGAAGGACAAAAUUAUUCAUGUAUAUAAGUGAUAUGUUAUACGGUUCACAAAAAACGCCCUCAGCUUUCACCGUUUCCACGAAAAUGAAUAUCUGAAAAAAAGAUAUGAACCAUCACCUAAAAAUAUCCUAUUUUAAAAUUUUAAUUCAAGAAGUGUUUAGUAUAAAUAUUUGCAGGUUCUGAAAAAAUGAAAAAAGCAUGCUAUCAAUCGAAUUUUAAAAUGGGCGUGAAACGCCAAUAUCAGAGAACAUGCAAAAAUGAUUACCACUAAUUGGUGGUCCACGAACUUGAUCUUGGAUUUGUAAAGAAGAAAAGUUUAGGGAAACAUUCUAAAUGAAGUUUUGAAACCACUACUUGGGAAAAACAAGCCGUUCAGAUCUUUUGCUGGUUGUAUGGACCUGGUGAUAGCUUUGAAGUCUAACUUUGAAAGAAAAACCUCCGAGUAAGCAAGCUUUUCCACAAAAAUUUUUGUGAUCGUGAUACUUCUAUAUAGACGUACAGACUUCGACCAGGAACACAUAUGAUUUUUGGAAUCUGCGAUGAACACUUUUUUGUAUUGCAAGCAUUGGGAGUAGAUAUUCUGAGUUUGUUUCCUUAUUGAGCCAUAAGAUCUAAAUAGUUUGAAAUGCUAAUACCAUUUAUAUAUACAUUAUAUCGCGCUCGUUAGGUCGAUCUAAUAAAAGCAAUUUGGUCGCAGCAGCAUUUUUACAAACAAAACCACGUCUUAUAUUUCUUCUUAAGAGCCAUGCAUUUCGAAAGUGACCAAAAUCCAUUAUCCAAAAAAAUCAAUCUAGCUAUUGUUAUAUUUACAUCUCCGCGUUAUCUUUUCAUUUUAAAGAAAGUCGCAAAUAAUUUAUUUAAAAUCGCUUAGAUUUUCUAUGGUAAAAAUUUACUGGUUAAUGAAAUGAUAAAGUAUUUGUUUUGAAAAUGACUUAAGUUGCGAUUUGAGAAUUUCAAGUGGAUGUGAAGGAUAAUAUAGAAAAGAAUUUUACGAAAUCGUUGCCUAUCAUUUAAUAUAUAAGUUUAAUAUGAGUUUCAAUGUAACUUUAGUCUUAGCAAACAAAAAAAAGAUCGCAUCGAAUAACGACGAAGAAGGCAAAAAUUUUAUUGAAGAACAUGACGCUCCAUUAGACCAAUAUUUGCCAUUCCAUAAUCCUGGUCGCUAUUUUAGUUUUCCUUUCGGCUUGCAAACAGCACUGCCUUACCCAAAAUUAACCACUUCUAUUCUAAUAUUACCAAACAGAAAUAUAACAGCAGUUUUGACAUGGUCCACUUUGAAAGUGGCUUAAGUCCAAUUACAGUCAUCAAAAUCAUAUGGUUUUAUAAAUAAUGCUAAUUAUUAUGCUAAUUGGACUGAUAAAUUGUACGUCGUGAGAAACUCAAAAGCUUUAUUAUUGAUAAAGGGAAUUUGUUAAAACCCAAAGCUUUAGAUAUGUCGGUUUUAACGCAAACGAACUUAAGCUGCUUCCAAAAUAACCCGUUUAUAUAUUUUUAACUUACUAUUAUUUUUUUUUAAUAUUUCAUAUAUGACAAAAUUAUUUCACACAGUUGCAGACAUUUGCGUUUAGUUUCUAUUGUCUUCGGUUUAUGCAGGUUGGAUUCGGUUAGCGAAAUUUUAAAUUUAUUUAUAAAAUUCUUCAAAUCUUUUUUGUUGUUUUAUU